CGACGUGAAGAACUUGAGAAAGAAAUCUCAGAACAGUUUGCGGUUCAAGGGAGACCACCACUUGUAAACAUCUGCCCCCCUUCGCCACAGAAUAAUGAAGAGAAUAAAACUGCAAACUUUAAUUACACAACCAGCAGUGGUACUGUAGACAUUCAGCCUCGUUCUGGCAGUCAGAAUGAUAAUAAUGGAAGCACAGGACCUAAACCCAUGUUGCCGUACAGCUCCAUGUUUAUCUUUGACCCGACAAACCCUGUCAGACGCUUCUGUCAUUUUGUGGUCAACCUACGGUACUUUGAUCUGUUCAUCAUGAUUGUGAUCUGUGCUAGCUCCGUGGCCCUGGCAGCAGAAGACCCGGUCAUUGAGGACUCCUACAAAAACAAGAUUCUCAAUUAUUUCGAUUACGUUUUCACAGGGGUCUUCACCAUUGAGCUGGUACUCAAGAUCAUUGACCUUGGUGUCAUCCUUCAUCCUGGUGCAUACAUCCGAGAUUUGUGGAACAUUCUAGAUGCCACUGUGGUUGUCUGUGCUCUGGUUGCAUUUGCAUUUAAGUAA